GGACCACCUUUCAGUUCGGGGUUGGUUUGAUACGUGCGGCAAUUGUAGGAGAAAAUGAAGAGUCUCCAGUUGGUUGUGGUGGCAGCAUUUGCCUUCUCUCUCUUGGAGACUGGAGCUCCCCAAUGUGAUGUUUUGAGGGUAGUUGGUGCAAUGUAUGAGACACUGGGUCCUCUCUUGACUGAAAUGAAACAAGAAUUGGCUUCUGUUAAGACUGAACUAAGAGAAGGUCUGGCUCAGGUUAAAGAAAACCUAACCAACAUUCAGCAACAAGUCAAUGCCCUUACUGAGACUGUGAGCAACAUGGAACAAAACAGCAAUGAUGAGCAGACGACAGGACUACAUACCAAACUGGAUAUGGUUAAGUCUCUACUGGUCUCAGUCAAUAGCAGUAUGAGUGAAGGUCUGUCCGGAGUGAAGACUGAACUUCAAGAACACAGCGGCCAGACAGCCUCAGAGCUAGCAGGACUGGAGACCAACCAGGAGACCAUUGACUCCAAGUUAGACUCUCUGGACUCCAAACAAGAUGGUCUCAGUAUGACAGUGACAACUGCACACUCUGAACUGGAGCAAAAUGUACUGACCAAUGUUACAAAGGAACUGAAGAAGACUGCUGACUAUAUACUUGAACAACUACCCCCAUAUGAGUGUGGAGUUGUGAGGCUAGCUGCAGCAGUGUAUGAGACUCUGAGUCCAUUCAUGACUGAAAUGAAACAAGAAUUGGCUUUUGUUAAGACUGAACUAAGAGAAGGUCUGGCUAAGGUCAACGAAAACCUAACCAACAUCCAGAAACAAGUCAAUUCUGCGAGCAACAUGGAACAAAACAGCAAUGAUGAGCAGACGACAGGACUACAUAUUCAGCUGGAUAUGGUUAAGUCCCUACUGGUCUCAGUCAAUAUUAGUAUGAGUGAAGGUCUGUCAGCAGUCAAUACUAGUAUGAGUGAAGGACUCUCAGGAGUGAAGGCUAAACUUCAAGAACACAGCAGCCAGACAGCCUCAGAGCUAGCAGGACUGGAGACCAACCAGGAGACCAUUGACUCCAAGUUAGACUCUCUGGACUCUAAACAAGAUGGUCUCAGUAUGACAGUGAUGACUGCGCACUCUGAACUAGAGCGAAAUGUACUGACCAAUGUUACAAAGGAACUGAAGAAGACUGCUGACUAUAUACUUGAACAACUACCCCCAUAUGAGUGUGGAGGGGGGACAGUAGUUGCACUCACUGGCUCCGAGAAAAUAAGGAGUCUCCAGUUGGUUGUGGUGGCAGCAUUUGCCUUCUCUCUCAUGCAGACUGGAGUUUCCCAAUGUGAUGUUGUGAGGCUAGCUGCAGCAGUAUAUGAGACACUGAGUCCAUUCAUGACUGAAAUGAGGGAUGGUCUGGCUGCUGUUAAAGAAAACAUGACCAGUGUCCAGGAGCAGAUAAACUCCCUCACUGAGACUGUGGCCAAGGAACUUGAACAGAAUUUACUGACCAAUGUUACAAAGGAACUGAAGAAGACUGCUGACUUUAUACUUGAGCAUGUGUAUGAGUGUGGAGGUAUAGGAGGUUGGAGGCGUGUGGUCUACCUGAACAUGACAGACACCAAUGCCAACUUCUCAGUGUUUGGUGAGAUCAGUGACGGAGGGGAGAUGGUGAGAGUGUGCCAGUGGUGA